CCGAAGAUCCUCCUCUGGACUGGGACUGGGACUAGAGACAGGAGCAGGACAAUGAUCCACAACACACAUCCUGGCUGUGUAAGGGCUAUUUGACCAAGAAGGAGAGUGAUGAAGUGCUGCAUCAGAUGACCUGGCCUCCACAAUCACCCGACCUCAACCCAAUUGAGAUGGUUAGGGAUGAGUUGGACCGCAGAGUGAAGGAAAAGCAGCCAACAAGUGCUCAGCAUAUGUGGGAACUCCUUCAAGACAGUGGGGGAAGUUUCAGACAUUGAGAUUAGAUAGAAUGGGGUUUACCACUGAUACACACAGUGUCAGCACUCUCCCAUUCUGGUCUGUAUUAUAAGACAUGGCUAAGUAAAAACAGACGGUGACUGUGCUCACCAGUGUGUGUGUGUGUGUGUGUGUUUUGUAUUGUAUUGUAUUCAUACCCUGUGGUCUCUGUUGCAGGACAUGGCUGGGUACAGGCCGAGGGUGAUAGUGCUGAGUAAGAAGGCAGGUCAAAGUUUUGGCUUCCUCUUGAGGGUGGAGCAAGGAGAGGAUGGUCACCUGAUCAGGAACCUGGAGAGUGGCAGCCCGGCCAAGCUGGUGGGUUUGAAGGACGGAGACCGCAUCCUCCGGGUCAACGGAACCUAUGUGGACGAAAUGGACCACUCACGGGUAGUGGACCUGGUGAAGGAGAGCGGUGCGUCUGUCACCUUCCACGUUCUGGAUGUGGCAUCCUACAAGCAGGCUAAGACUAAGGGGGUGGACCUGUCUGACCCACACGCCACACCUACCCAGCACGCCAUGAACGGGGUGGGAGGAGGGGCGCCCAAACCCAAACUCUGCUACCUGGCCAAGUCCAGCGGGGGCUACGGCUUCUCUUUGCGCUCUAUCAAAGAUGAGAGGGGUGACCUGGGCAUGUUCAUGACAGAGGUGGCCCCAGGGGGUGUGGCCGCGAGGGCAGGGGUCAAGACCAACGACCGCCUGAUAGAGGUCAACGGGGAGAACAUGGAGAACGCCACUCAUGACCAGAUAGUUGAAAAGGUCAAGGCAUCAGGCAGCAGCGUCAUGUUUCUAUUGGUGGAUGAGGACACAGACAAGUUCUACAAGAUAAAACGCAUCAGGAUAGGGGCGGGGCUAGCCACAGUGAAGCUCCUCCCACUGAAGCCACGCAUCGCAGACUUGGUCAAAGGAUCAGACGGCUAUGGAUACUUCUUAAGGACUGAGCCUAACAAGACAGGCCACUUCAUCAGGGACAUUGACAGGGGUAGCCCAGCCGAGAGGGCGGGAUUAAAGGAGAUGGACAGGCUGGUUGCCGUGGAGGAUGUGGAAGUGGAUGGCUGCAGCCAUGAGCAGGUGGUGGACAGGAUCAGACAGUGUGGCAACAAGUGCUGCCUCCUGGUGGUCGAUGAAGACACUGACACGCUUUACAAGAUGGGAGGCGUUUCUCCUCUGUUCUACUUGGAAGAGAUUAUGGAAUCCCUCCUUCCAGUAACCCCUCCACCCAGCUACCCAGAGUCCAUGCCGGCCCUAGCCCCGGCCCCGGCCCCAGCCCCUGUUACCACAGAUCUCCUCAAGCUGUGCAAGAUGGAGAAGACCUCCGUCGGGUACGGCUUCCACCUCAACGGUAUACAGGGAGUCUUUGGCCAGUAUAUCAAAGAGGUGGUGAAGGGUGGAGCCGCGGACAGGGCUGGUCUAGAGGACGGAGACAUGGUGGUGGAGGUGGACGGUGUGAAUGUGGAGCAGAACAGUCACGAGCAAGUGGUGGGGUUGAUCCGUAAGAGUGGCAGCUCGCUGGUACUCCUAGUUGCCGGGAAGCAGGCCAACGACCACUUCAAAGCCAAAGGGGUGGCCAUCACUCCUCAGCUCUUCAUCCCCUCGUCCCAAGCCAGGUCCCCAUCCCCAGCCCCGUCCCCGUCCCUAGCACGGAGCCACACACCAGCCCAGAUAGACACCCCAGCCACUCUGGAGGAGGUCCAAGAGGAGGAAGACGAGGAGGCUGCUGAGCCAGACACCACGCCGCACCAGGCACGAGAGAGGACUCCAUCUGUGUCAUCAGCAGCAUCAUCAUCUUGCUCGAGUGUUGAUGAGAGACUCUGAGAAGUCUCCAAUGAGAAAUCAUUUCCUGUUAAGACUUUUUCUGUCUCCCAUCAACCUUUGCACCAUGCUGGAUAAUGCAGGUAUCUCUGCUCAAGAACGCUGAUCAAACUUAAUACAUUCCGAUGACAGAGGCUGGUUUUAGGUAUCAAUGCAAAUCGGUUGAAAAUAGCAAUAAAUAGCCAUUAAUGUGUAAUUGUAUUGAUCAGUUAGAUAGCACUGUUAUCCAACCAGCAUAUGUAUCAGUAUAAUCUCAUUACGAACACCUGCAAUGUAGACCGAGAACACUAGUAAUGCCAGUUCAAUGUGUUUAACUGGAACAGUAACCAUAGUGACAGAGGUCUACUGUACUACACCUUAAUAAUAAUACUGUCUUUUAAAUAUCAUUAAAAUAAUCAAAUACAUUUGAUUUGUUUUAGCGUACCCAAAGAGCCAUUGUGUCUUUCUGCUCAGAUGUCAAAUACUGCUCUCACAACGAGAAUAAAUGAUCCUGGACCAGAUGCCUGUUUAUAAGUGGUGUAUGUAAAGUGGCAUUGCAGUACUUACUGAAUAAAAUAAAGGGAACAGA